CAAAUGGUCUUAAAUGUUAUUCUCUUCACGUUUGCAGGUUGUGCGAUUUUCUUGAUUCGAUUAUUUAUUGGCUUGCACACAUUAAUUGUCGCUUGUUUACUGCGGAAAUCUACGAUAGUCAGGUGUACGGUAUUACGGAUAAUGUGCGCCGUUUUGGGUGUUGUUGUACGGAGUGAUGGAGAAAGAUUCUCCAAGGUGGGUAUCAUUUGCGCUAAUCAUGUGAGUACCCUAGACCAUCUUGCUGUGGAACUUGUUAAACCUUGCGAUUUCUUUUCGGUGUGGAAUAUUCCUUCGGUAGUGAAGUGGUGCUUCGGCUACCUAGAUCUUGAUGCACGUAUUGGGCAUGCCGAGUUUGUACGUCGUGCUCGCGACCAUUUAGAAAGUAGUAGUCUUCCACUUUUGGUCUUUCCUGAAGGUGCUAUAACUAGUGGUCGCACUGGAAUGCUUAAAUUUAGGUGUGCAAUUAAAAGUGCGAUGCAUUCCCGUCCACUUUCGGCAUUUAAUUCCAUGGUAAAUAGGAUUGAUUCGCUUUCUAUUUCGGAACUGGCUAUGAAGUAUGGGUACCAGUUGACACCAGUUCAUUUUAGUUCGUGGCCAUGUGAGGCGUCCAGUCGUGUGCAACCAUUAGCUGUGCGAAUUUCGCGUCCGUUGUUCAGUGUGUCUCCUUCCGUCCUAGGAUCGACAUGGUGGGCAGAUGUAGCGUGGUUCGCAUUCGUUCCUUUGACCGUUUAUCAUUUCAAUUGGCUUCCAGUCAUGGAGAGGGGUGACCAAGAAGCAGCAGAAGAUUUCUCGAAAAGAGUGGAGUUUUGCAUUGCGGAACAACUUGGCCUUAAGGUCACCAACCUGACUCACGUCGAUGCUAUUGAGGCAGCUAAAAGAUUUUUACAUUCAAGAACUGCUUCGACCUCUGUCAAGAAGGGGAUGCUUGAUAUCCGAACGCUUGAUGAUAUUGCUAUGCGUAUCAAACAAUCGUACCCCUCAGUAUCCAUUCUCGACAUCAGAAUGGAUCUUGAGAGAACAAAAGAUCAACAGGUUAUAAUAGCCGUAUAG